AUGAACGCCGGACACCAGACGACAAGGCGCCUUGCCGCCAAAGCAGGCAAGCCAAUAUGCCGCUCAUGUAGAGACACGCUCUCCCGCAACUACGCAUCCGCAGCCGCUGUUCAGACCGAGGACCAGGUCGCUCAGCACAUCCCUCCCGUCGCCCAAACAUCUCCACAAACCGCAUACGGUGUUAAUGCCGGUGUCGUCCUCUCUCGCCCUCCCCAGAUCACACGCGACCUUCACCCCUUCGAAUCCGCUUUCUUUCUCUACCAACGUCGUCUCAACGAGCGUUCAGCAUUGCCCUUCACAAGAUAUUUCUACUACAAGGAUCGAACACCCGCGGAUCGAGAAUGGAAGCGGAAGAUAAAGCAGCGGUUAACACCCGCUAGGGACAUUGGUCGAUACAAGGGUUACGGCGAGGAGGCAUGGAACGAUGAAGUGCUCGUCGGCGCGAAGGAGAGCGACUUCAACUGGCAGGUGGAGAGGCUACUGGAAGAUGCUGAGACGACUGGUGCCGAGGACCAACCGCCAGGGUCAAGUGAGACUACGAGCAGUGCUGUCACGCAGAAGAAGGUCGAGCACGAGGCAGUUGAGCGACCCAUGUCAAGAAUCACCGAGGCCGACAAGAAAAACGAUUUCAAGAGUUUGAACCGUGCGCUACAGAGAACGCUGUAUCUGCUUGUAAAGGACAAGGAGGGGCGAUGGAUGUUCCCGCAGGACAGGCUACAGAAGGAGACGCUGAAAGAGGCCGCACACCGCGUUCUCGAGUACUCGGCAGGCGUGAACAUGAACACCUGGGUUGUGGGCAACGUUCCCAUCGGCCACUACCAGCAAGACUACACCAAGUCGCUCAAGACAGACGCGGGUCUGAACGAGCUCGGCCUCAAGACCUUCUUCAUGAAGAUCCGGAUCAUGGCCGGACAAGCGAACCUUAAGGAAAACCAACUUGGCUUGAAAGACUUCAAAUGGCUGGCGAAGGAAGAGAUUCAGAAGGAGGUGGAGCAAGAUUACUGGCGCUCGAUCAAGAACAUGCUGGCUGAGCGUUCCGUCGGCGCAGUCGCCGUACAGCUAGCAGUAGCAUCUGGUGUCAACGUCGUCACCGUGUGCAGCGCGAAAAACAUAGAUAAAGUGAAGGCACUUGGCGUACAUGCGGUAUUCAACUACAACCCCCCCAGCGUCACAGAUGGCAUUCUUUCCGCGCUGAAAGGCAUCGAGUAUCUUGGUGUAGCGGAUGGUAUUUCCACGGCAGACUCUGCGGCUGGAUGGACGCUUGUUUACAAGGCGCUAGGCGGGCGGUUGUCAGGCGUGCAGCCUAAUCCGCCGGGGAUUCUAGAGGAUGCGCAGGGGGAGCUUCUCUGGGCGGACAACACUCCGUCGAGGGAUAGGGAUAUAGGGGAGGCAGUGCGGGGGCGGUAG